AAAUGCGAUAUACAGCCAACACGUCUAGCAAGCAACCUUGCGCCCAACAAUUAAGUGCAGUGAAAAAUAUAAAAUAAACUAUUUAAAACUGUUAUUUGCUGUGAAAAACAAUUGCAUACGAUUAAUUUAGUGCUUAAGCAUUUUAGCUAAUAUUGUACAUAUAUAGUAUAAACGAGUGCAGUUAACUCGCAGCAGGCGCCCCGGACACUCUACGUGUUGGGUAGACAGAGACAGCGAGUGACAAAAAAAAAACCUGAGAGCGGCAGAGGUCAUCUUAAAAAUAAGUAUAUUUUUGGCCCCCUACACUACAAAAAAAAAGCAACAAAAAACACCAAGGAGAGCAGAGCAACGUAGACCAACGCAAGCAAAAGCAAACAUCAUUUGGGGUCAUCCAACAAAAUGAUAUUAGAAAACUGGGAUAAGCUGAAGGAUUGGCUGAGCGUUGUGCUCGAGCCACUCUGUGAUGCUGACUCCUCGGCAUUGGCUCGCUACGUAAUUGCGCUGCUGAAAAAAGACAAAUCGGAUAAGGAUCUCAAGCGCAUAAUGAUCGAGCAAUUGGAUGUGUUUCUAUCCGAGGAAACGACCCGUUUCGUUGAUCGUCUGUUCGAUGCCAUCGCCAGCGAGGAGUAUCUAACAAUGCCCGCUCCCACACCAGUGGCAACGUUAGCCGUUUCCGAACUGGAGCUGGACCAUGACCUGGAGGUUGGUUCCGAUAUUGAGGCCGUUUUGGCUGCCGUCUCAUCGCCACCACCACCACCCCCGCCAAAAGUAAUUGUGAUAAAGCUCGACGGCAAUCAGCAACAGCAGCAGCAACAACAAAUCAACAACGAUAUCAUCAGUAGGGAGCCCGCAUCAGAAGCGUCCAGCGCCUUCGUCAGCGGGAGCAGCAGCAGCAGUGCCUCAAUUGUCACAGAUGCCAAUACAACAGGGACACAAAGCACCAAACCAGCCUUCGAUCACAAAACCAAAGACUCCCACAAAGACCCGCAGCAGCAGCAACUAAUGCAUCACAGCAGCGGAAGCAGCGGCGUCACUGGCAUUGUGCGCAGCGCUAGUCCUCCACUGCGCAGCAGUGGUGGCCCAAUUGCUGGCGCCAAUGCCGCCGACAAGGAGAAUCAGCCACGCGAUAGUCGCCGGCGCCGCGCGUCCCUGCGUUCCCGUUCUCGUUCCCGCUCGCGAUCCAAUGAGCGCUCGUUUAGGCGUUCGCGUUCCCGGGAUCGUCGCAUCAAUGAGCGCGAGAAGAGCCAGCGACAGUUUCGCAACAAAUCGCCGCCUUGUGGCGCCAGUGAUCAGCGUCACCGGCGCAACAACAACAAUAACAAUAACAACAACAGCAGUUUCGACAGGCGUCGCAUCGGCAACAACAACAAUAACAGCAACAGCAAUAACAACAAUAUGGAUGAUCGUGGCCAGCGCUUUGGUGGCAGCAAAGGACGCCACUCGUCGCGCAGUCGCUCCAUUUCACCCGAGUCGCGGAAUGCGCGUCGUGGCAUGGAACUCGCUGCCUGCUCGUCGGCGUCGGCCGCAUCUGCAGUGCCAGUACCGCCUGCCGUGAUGCAUCCAGUGCCGGUGAUGCCGCGUCAGCGUUGCCGCGACUUUGACGAGAAGGGCUAUUGUGUGCGGGGCGAGACAUGCCCCUGGGAUCAUGGCAUUAAUCCUGUUGUCUUUGAGGGCAUUAAUAAUUCCGCCCUGAUGAUGUCCAUGCGCGAGUACAAUCCGGAUGCACCAGAGAUUUGGGCACGCGGUGGUCCACCAGGCGUGCCGGGAGUAGUGCCAGCUGGCGGUGGGAAUCCACAGCAAUUGCCUGUGCCGCCGCAGCCCGGACAGACGAGCAUAAAUCCGUUCAGUGGCAAUGUGCGUGCCUGUGCUCCAUUGGGUGCGCCCAAUCCCGCUGACUAUGCCCGUCAGCCGGGUCAAGCGCCGCCGGUGAAUGCACCGCCGCCAAUGAUGCCAUUCCCUUUCAACCCGACGGCGGUGACAACGCCGCUGCAACGCCAGCUCAUCCCCAUACCCGUGAUGGAUGGUGGUGCCGCCGGUGGCGGUGGCAUUGCUGCUGAAAUGGGUAAACGACGCUUCGAGCUGGAGGAUAGUGUGGCCAUAGCCGAUGUGCCCAGCAAGAUGCGCAAGGUGCCGAUCAAUAGUCGGCUGGGACCGCGUGUCAAUCCCAAUAUGCAGCAGCACAAUAGCUCCCUGGAGCUGCGCAAGGUACCGCGCGGCCUGAACACCAUUGCGCAUCUGAACAAUCAUUUCGCCAAGUUUGGCAAAAUCGUCAAUAUUCAAGUGUCAUACGAGGGAGAUCCCGAGGCGGCCAUUGUGACGUUCUCCACGCAUGCGGAGGCGAAUGUGGCAUAUCGCAGCACCGAGGCGGUGCUCAACAAUCGCUUCAUCAAGGUCUUCUGGCACAACGACAACAACAGCAAUAGCAGCAGCAACAACAGCAGCAGCAAUAACAUCAACAACAACGAGUCUGCAGCGGGCAGCAUUGGAAAUGUGAAUCGCAAGAGUCAGUAUCAUUUGCAUAAUGUACCUGCGGUGCCCACGCCAAAUGCGGAUAGCGCCAAGAUUAUUAACAACAACAACAGCAACAACAAUAGCAGUAGUAGCAGCAGCAAUAAUGCCAGUCAAACAACACCGCUCACCGAAGCAGGCAAUGCGCUCAGCUCAGCGCCCAGCUCAGAUCAGGCGUUGGCGAGCACAGCGGCGCCUUCGUCGAUGCGGCUAAAGCUCAACACAAAUGCCGCAGCGAAUGCAACAGCGAAUGGGGCGACACGUGCUCUGAUGCCGGCGGCGAAUGUGGCGAGCAUACGCAAGAAACAGGAGGAGCAACAGAAGGCGAUGCAUCAGCUGGCGAACGGACUGCGUAAGCGCAAACAGGAGCUGCUCCAGAGCUAUGUGAAACAAAUGAAGACGGCGCUGGAGCUGGUCGAGCGCAUGGAUCAGCAGGAUGUGCAGCGAGCGCCGACGCUUGAGACGAUCAAAGUGCUGCAGGCGACCAUAGAUCGAUUGCGCAAGGAUGUGCACGCCGAUCAGGAUCAGCUGCAGGCGCAAAUCCAGCAACAGCAGCAGCAGCAACAACAACAGCAAACGCUGCCCGUCAAGAAAACCAAAGAGCAACAGAAGAGGGAACUGCUCGAUAUGGAACUGGAGCUAUUUGCCCAGCAGCAGGAGGGCAACGAUACGACGGCCAUACAGAAGCGACUUGAGGAGCUGCAGCGCACGCUCUCCGCCACAAUAGGCGGGGGCAAUAUAUCUGGUGGCGCCAAGCUGCCCGGUGGCGGCGCCCGGAAGCGUUCCACAUAUCCCGAGGGCUCCACGCGCGUCGAUCGCCGACCAAAGGCGAUUGUUGUCACCGGCUUUGCCGCCGAGGAAGCUGAUUUUGUGCUGGGUCACUUUAAGCAUUUCGGUGAGAUAUCCAAACAUGAUGUGGACCGUGAGAUUCCCCAACUAAUACUCUCUUAUGCAACGCGCUUGAAUGCCGAGCAAGCGGUGCUCCGCGGUAAAAUGUUCAAGGACAAGCGCCUCCAGAUAUCCUGGGCACCUGUGGUGACGGCACCUGCACCUGCAGUGCCCAUGGGCGCACCGAUGACCGAUAAGACGCCGGCUGUUGUUGCGGCGCUGGCUGGCGAUAAGAUGGACAACCCGAAGCACCUGAUGCAAUCUGUCAGCGAGAGCGAAUCUCUGCUGGGCAGCGAUACACUGCCAGAGCUGCGUUUGGAGGAUGAGGAGGAGGACGAGGAGUCCGAGGAUCGUUCCUGGCGUCGUUGAUGUAACGCCCCGCACCGCUACUCCUAGUGGCUGGCUAGCUCCAUGUGGCUGAUAAUCGUUAGGAAGCGUUGAUUGUAUUUCUAUUUGUUGUUAUAUUCUAUAUCUAAAACACUGCACAGAUCCAAUAUAUGUAGACAUCGCAUAUAUGUGUAUGUAUGCAUGCAAGGGAAACGCCGUUAUUUGUAUACAAAAGAGCAAACGCAUGCUAAUGUUAUGUACAAUAUUUUAUUCUAAAAGGCAAAUGUCCUAACACACACACCACACACACACACAAGUGCACGUACAUACACAACACACACGCAAAAACAGAGAAAACUGGACAUUUAAAACUGUUGGUAGCUCUUCUGCUAAAUCCUAGAGGAAAACAAAUAAUAAUC